AUGGCCCGCAUCAAGACAGAACUUCUACAUCCACUGUUGUAUGACUUAGCAGUACUGCUGUUUGUAUCACCUCAUACGGCACUUUCAAUAGAUAAAACUGAGUGUACCUUGAAUGAUCCCCUCCCUGUUCCACACGAGUGGUACCAGCCUGGUGACUUACUUAUUGGGAUGAUUUCUUCUCAGAUCUUUUACCAUGUUUCUGACUUAUCCUUCUGUGAAGAUCCAUCUCUGGAACUGUCAACUUUUCCAUUUGUGAUGACCAAGUUGUUCCAGCACAUCCUAGCUUUGCUGUUUGCCAUCGAUGAGAUUAAUGAGAAUCCAAGCGUCUUGCCCAACAUCACCCUUGGCUUCCACAUCUAUGACAGCUACAAUGACGAGCGAUUGGUCUAUCAUUCCCUCCUAGAUAUGCUCUUCAGAUCACAUAGGCUUGUCCCCAGCUACAAAUGCAACACCUCAAAAUCACCAAUAGUCCUCAUCGGGGGACUUGGAGCUGAUAUCUCAUUCCAUAUGGUGGACAUUUUAGGCCUAUAUAAGAUUCCACAGUUCCACAGGUUUCUUCAAGGCAUUUCAUUCAACAACUCGGUUGGAGAAACAAUCUCUUUUCAUGAUAAUAUGGAUCUGGGAGCUGGAUUUGACAUCACAAACUUGGUCACCUUCCCAAACAAGUCUUUCCAAAGGGUGGAAGUUGGAAGGGUGAAUCCUAAUACACCUGGAGAAAGAGAAUUCAUUAUCAAUGAGGAUAUGGUUGUGUGGCAAACAAGUUUUAAUCAGGUACUGCCCAUUUCCACAUGCAAUGACAAAUGCCACUUUGGUCAUGUGAAGAAAAGAAAAGAAGGGGAGAAAUUUUGCUGCUAUGAUUGUGUUCCAUGUCCUGAAGGAAAGAUCUCAAACCAAGAGGAUAUGGCCGAAUGUAUCCAAUGCCCAGAAGAUCAAUAUCCAAACAAAGACAAGUAUUGUUGCAUCACCAAAAUUAUCAGCUUUAUGUCCUAUGAAGAACCUUUAGGAAUUAGUUUGGCCUCAGUUUCUCUUUCACUUUCCAUAAUAACAAUUAUAAUGCUGGGAGCGUUUAUUAAGCACAGAGAUACCCCCAUAGUCAAAGCCAACAACCGGGAUGUCACCUAUGCUCUCCUCAUCUCUCUCUUGCUUUGCUUCCUCUGUUCUUUCCUCUUCAUUGGCAGACCAAGCAAGCUGACCUGCUUCCUCCAACAAUCUGCUUUUGGCGUCAUCUUCUCAGUGGCUGUUUCUUGUGUGUUGGCCAAGACCGUCACUGUCAUCAUAGCAUUCAUGGCCACCAAACCAGGGUCUAACAUGAGGAAAUGGGUAGGGAAAAGAUUGGCCAACUCCAUUGUUCUUUCCAGCUCCUUUAUUCAAUCAGGCAUUUGUACAGUAUGGCUACAGACAUCUCCUCCAUUUCCAGAUUUUGACACCCAGUCAUUUAUUACAGAGAUUGUAGCAGAAUGUAAUGAAGGGUCUGAUAGCAUGUUCUAUAUUGUCCUGGGUUAUCUGGGGCUUCAGUCCAUCAUCAGUUUGACUGUGGCUUUCAUAGCCAGGAAACUGCCAGACAGUUUCAAUGAAGCCAAGUUUAUCACCUUCAGCAUGCUGGUGUUUUGCAGUGUUUGGUUGUCUUUUGUCCCAACCUACCUGAGCACCAAAGGGAAAUACAUGGUAGCUGUGGAGAUCUUCUCUAUAUUAGCUUCCAGUGCUGGGUUAUUGGGUUGUAUCUUCAUCCCCAAAUGUUAUCUUAUUCUUUUGAGGCCCGAGCUGAACACAAGGGAGCAGCUAAUGAGGAAAAAUUACUAA